CGCUCAUGAGGGAGGGGCGGCCGCCUGCCAGGUGGGAAAGCGGGGCAGCUUGAAAGGGGUGGAUCACACCUGCUGGGGACACGUUCGUCGGCGAGGAGUGGGCUGCUACCAUGAGGUUAAAUCAGAACAUCUUGCUGCUGGGAAAGAAGGUGGUGCUGGUACCCUACACCCCAGAGCAUGUGCCUAGGCCGACCCUCCGUCCCUGCAGGUACCACGAGUGGAUGAAAUCAGAGGAGCUGCGGCGUUUGACAGCCUCCGAGCCGCUGACCCUGGAGCAGGAGUAUGUGAUGCAGCACAGCUGGCAGGAAGAUGCAGACAAGUGUACCUUCAUCGUGCUGGAUGCAGAGAAGUGGCAGGCCCAGCCAGGCACCAGCGAAGAAAGCUGCAUGGUGGGAGAUGUGAACCUCUUCCUCACGGAUCUAGGGGACCCCUCCUUGGGGGAGAUUGAGGUCAUGAUUGCAGAGCCCAGCUGCAGGGGCCAGGGCUUGGGCACCGAGGCCGUCCUCAUGAUGAUGUCUUAUGGAGUGACCAAGCUAGGUCUGACCAAGUUUGAGGCUAAAAUUGGGCAAGGAAAUGAACCGAGCAUCCGGAUGUUCGGAAAGCUUCACUUUGAGCAGGUGGCUGUGAGCAGUGUCUUCCAGGAGGUGACGCUCAGACUGACGAUGAGUGAGCCGGAGCGGCAGUGGCUUCUCGAGCAGACCAGCCACGUGGAAGAGAAGCCCUACAGAGCUGGGGCGUCGGAGCCCCGCUGACAGCCGGCCCUGUGGGCCAGCCACCCUGUGUGGCUGGGGGUGUGAGACCAGAGCCCUGCAGCAGGCAAACUGAGGGGCCUAUGGGGCAGAGUGCUCUGGCCUUGCUCCAGCCUGGCACCCUCCUCCUGGGGCCCUUCAGACUCCGGGCUGGACUUGCCUUGGCCUCCCUCUGGCUGGCCUUGUGGCUGAGCCACUCCAGGGCCAGCCCCUCCUCCUGGCCAAACCUGGACUCAGACUCUUGGAAUCUGGAGUGGACGGCAGGAGUCCAUGGGAAGAGGCAGGGUGAGGGUGGAGCUGGAGACGAGGGGGCGCCUGGUGAAUGGGCAGGACCUCCCUUUUCCCUGGAGGGCCAGAGGGGCCACCGAGGCUCUGGCCGGGAAUAAAGCGCACUGC